CGCACUACCAAAGCAGUCAGGCUGUCACUUUGUAAGCCACAUAUAAACAUCCAAAUCCCAUUGUUUUUGUUUUGCACAAUCAGAGCGGCUGUGCUUCUUUCUUUCGAGCUAUGCAGCAAAAUUUUCUCUGCUGUGUUUACUAAUCCAUCUUCGGAAUUUUAACCCACAAAAACAAAAAAAAAAAGAAAAAAAAAAAACGAAAAAGACAUGCCUCUGAUUUGCCACUCGAUUCAGCUAGAGGCAGUGGCACCCCAUUGGAGGCAUAGAGAUGCGUGCUUCUUGCUCUUCUCGCACACCAACAGAAAAAAGAAUUUUUGCAACUUCAGUCCCCGACUCACCUCUUCUUCCACUUACAACGAAGACGACCGCGACUUCUCUGUUUCAAUGCCUAAACAAGCAAAGUUGGGUUAUGAUCCUUCCGAGGACUUAUUUGGACUCGGUGUCAAUCUAAAGCCAAGGAAUUCUAAUUUUGGAAUAGACAAACCCAGGUCAUGGUUUGGGCCAAAUGGUCAGUAUAUUAGAGAGUUACCUUGCCCAAGUUGCCGGGGGAGGGGUUAUACUCAAUGUUCUGAGUGUGGGAUAGAAAGGUCCAGACCAGACUGUUCUCAGUGUAGUGGAAAGGGUAUAAUGACGUGCCGUCAGUGCUUGGGAGAUUGUGUUAUAUGGGAAGAGUCAAUUGAUGAAAGACCUUGGGAGAAAGCGCGCUCAAUUUCACCCCUCAAAGUGAAAGAAGAUGAUGAAGUUGACAAUCUAGACAUAAAGCUGGAUGUGAAAAGAAAAUCAAAGCGUGUAUACCAAUCACCAUCUCCUGAAGUUGGAUUGAAGAUCAGUCGGUCUCUAAAAAGUCUCAAUGCCAAAACUGGUUUAUUUAGUAAGAGAAUGAAGAUUAUCCAUCGUGAUCCUAUGCUUCAGGCACAAAGAGUGGCCGCAAUUAAGAAAGCCAAAGGUACUGCUGCAGCAAGAAAGCGUGCUUCUGAAUCUUUAAAAGCCUUCUUCAGUGACCCAGAAAACCGUCGGAAGAGAAGCAUUGCCAUGAAAGGCAUAAAAUUUUACUGCAGAAACUGUGGACGCGAGGGGCAUAGGAGAUACUACUGUCCUGAACUAAAGGAUGGUUUAACCGAUAGGCGGUUCAAAUGUCGUAUAUGUGGAGAAAAGGGUCAUAACCGAAGAACCUGCCCAAAGUCAGGGUUGAGCAAUCAGAAAAACACAGUUAGAAGACAUCACCUUUGUAAAAUAUGCCAUAGAAGAGGCCAUAAUCGCAGGACAUGCCCUAAAAUUGUUGGGACGAAGUUGAGAAGUAGUAACAUAAGAGUAGGAAUUCCCAGUUCUGGAAGAAGACGAUACAAGUGCCGGUUGUGCCAGCAACCUGGGCACAACACUAGGACAUGUCCUAAUGCUAGUAGAAAUGUAAGUGCUUUAUUAAAGAUUGAUAAUCCUCAAGAAGGAAAUCAAUGAACAUUUUAUGCUUUAGUAAUAUAUAUAUAUAUCUAAACAUAUGAGGAAAAAGAAAAGGCAUUAGAAUUA